CAAACUGCUGCAAACUCGUUUCACAAAAUAUUUCACCACCGCGAACAUCAUGUUUGCCAAACGCAUCUUUCUCUCUCUUUAAAAAAAAUCUUAUCAUCUUUAACACAAAUAGCGGAGAUUUAUGCAAGUCGCGCGACGGGUCACGCGCAACGCACAUCCCAAACGACCCAAUUCCGCCUUAAUAAAUUUUUUGAAAGCAAUACUUAUUGGACCAACAUUAGACCAUGGCGUGUACCGAAAACGUGCCGACCAGAUUCGUUUUGGGGAUCAUGAUCUUUUGGGGAGCGCUGACGGGGUUCGUUCUCAGAGGAAGUUUGAGCCUCAGCAUUGUCACCAUGGUUGGAAAGCGUCGGGUUACGCAAAAUUCAACAUCCAACUUUACUUCGUCAUCAACUGGUUGUUUGACCGUUCCUGAAUGGCAAAAUGUAUCAACUUUGUUCAUGAACGCCUCGGAUCUUUCCAGUGAAUAUAUCCAGGACGAGGAAGGCGAAUUUGAUUGGAGCGAACAACUUCAAGGAACGAUUCUCAGCUCUUUUUUCCUUGGCUACUUAUUUUUCCAACUACCUGGAGGAAGACUUGCAGAACUCUAUGGCGGAACAUUGGUUUACGGAUCCACGAUUUUGAUUCCGUCACUUCUUGCAGCGCUCAUUCCCCUACUGACGCGCGUUCAUUACGGAUUUCUCAUCGCCUUGCGAAUAGGCCAGGGUCUCUUUUUUGGAGCUAAGUUUCCAUCGGCUGCUGUUCUCGUUACCAAAUGGGUACCGUUGGAGGAACGUGCCAGAUUUAUGUCGACCUUCACCAUGGGAGGAACAUUGGGACUGGCUGUGAUGAUGCCGGUUUGCGGGCUGAUCAUCGAUUGGCUUGGUUGGCCGGCCCUUUACUACAUCACGGCAGGACACGGCGUGCUUUUUUCCAUUUGCUGGUUUCUCCUGGUCCAUGAUUCGCCAGACAAACACCCCAGAAUCACGCAGUUUGAAAAGAGGCACAUCGAACUUGGAUUGGUCAAAGGACCUGUCAAAAAACUGCCAAUUCCAUGGGUUCUAGUUUUGACGUCAUUGCAAUUUUGGGGCCCGUUUCUGACUUCCUUCGGCAGCGACUGGGGUUUCUACACCUUCCUCACCCUGGGCCCAAAAUACAUGGCCAGCAUUUUGGGGGUUGACAUUAAACAGAAUGGCGUGUUAUCGGCGCUUCCCUUUCUCUUUCGGUACAUUUUCGGAAUAAUUUUUGGCCAGUUCUUUGACCUGUGCCUCCGAAGACGGUGGAUGGCGUUGGCCAAUUUGAGAAAGGUGGCUGUUUGCGUUUCGCACCUAUUUCCCGCCGUGGCACUUUUGGCCUUUCCACUUGCCGGAUGCAACAUGACGUUGGCCGUGGCCAUCAUUUGCAUUGCUAUGGGCUGCAAUGGAGCCCUGACUUCUGGACACCUCCAGUCCUACAUGGACGUAGCACCAAAUUUCGCGGGAACACUUGGCGGUCUGCAAAACGGUUUUUGUUCUUUGGCAGGUCUCUUGUCACCGUUAAUCAUUGGAGCCAUUCUCGAGCACGACGCAAGUGUUGUUGGUUGGCGAAUUUCGUUUGCUCUGUCGGCGGUGAUAUUUGCCAGUUCUUCUUUAUUAUUUUUGAGCACAUACACCGGGAGAGUGCAAUCGUGGAACGAUUUGUCAGACCAACGCGACAAGGAGGCUUCCAGACCCAUGCGGCCCAUUGUCAAAUCAUAAUAAUUCCAAAAUGAUUUUACUCCCAACGCACAGAAAAGUACAAAAAUUGAAAUUGUAUUAAGGUUCCAAGUAAACAUUCAU